UAUUUUCUACAUGUAAUAUGCAAAUUUACUUUGAGAUAUAUGAAAUAAACACCUUUCAAUUUUUAUUUCCUAAAAUCUUAGUUUCCUCCAUAAAGAAAUCUAUCCUUUAAUCUUUUAUCAAAGAGCUUUUUCUUGUGCGAAGAUUCUCCCCUCAAACUUUCAUCCUUAAGUGUAACACAUUAUUCCUUGUCUUCUACCACCAUCUUGUGACUUUCGAAAGCUUAUUGCAUCCAUACUAGUGAAAAGAUCCACCAUAACUCUAAUAAUUUUCAUCAAUAAUCUAGAACUGAAAAUCACCUAAACUAUGUUAGAAUUUCAAAGGUUGAUUUCAUUCGAUUAUUCCCAUCUUAUAAUUAAAAGAACCCUAAAAAUGACCUAUCACACUUGAUAAAUUUUGUCCCCAGAAAAAAAAAAAACUAAAAACCAGAGUGAACUUACCUCUCUUGAAUUGAUGAUGGCACACACAGCAGCAUUGUUUCAGUUACCAAUCCCCAGACAGUGACAUCAACCUGAGCAUGUGUGGGAUGUUCCAGGCCCUGUCCCAAUGCCUAACCUCCCCCACGGCGUCCCUGCGCCACGCGAAGCAAGCCCACGCCGUCCUCCUCCGCCUCAACCUAUUCUCCGACACCCACCUCACCACAGCCCUCAUCUCUCUCUACGCCAACACUUUCUCUCUCUCCAGCCCCCAACUCCACCUCAUCCUCGCCACCCUCCCCAACCCCACCCUCUUCUCCUUCUCCUCUCUCAUCCACGCCCUCGCCCGCUCCUCCCACUCCCCCCUCGUCCUCGCCGCUUUCUCCCACCUCCCCUCCCGCCGCCUCGCCCCCGACGCCUUCCUCCUCCCCUCCGCCAUCAAGGCCUCCGCCACCCUCCGCGCCCUCCGCCCCGGCCAGCAGCUCCACGCCUUCGCCGCCGCCUCCGCCCUCGCGUCCGACUCCGUCGUCGCCUCCUCCCUCAUCCACAUGUACCUCAAGUGCCACCAACUCUCUCACGCCCGCCAACUGUUCGACACAAUGCCCCACCGAGACGUCGUCGUCUGGAGCGCCAUCAUCGCCGGCUACUCCCGCCUUGGCCUCCUAGACGAGGCCAAGAACCUCUUUUGCGCCAUGAGGGAUCAUGGGGUGGACCCCAAUUUGGUGACGUGGAACGGCAUGCUUGCUGGGUUCGGUAACAGCGGCUUGCACGGUGAGGCCGUGGCCAUGUUCCGCGUGAUGCUGGUGGAAGGAUUUUUCCCUGACGGCAGCACUGUCUCCUGCGUGCUUCCCUCUGUGGGGUGCUUGGAGGAUACGGUAAUGGGUAAGCAGGUUCAUGGCUAUGUCAUCAAGCAAGGUUUUGGGUGUGAUAGGUUUGUGGUUAGUGCAAUGCUUGACAUGUAUGGGAAAUGUGGCUGUGUGGAGGCGAUGGGGCAGGUGUUUGAUGAGGUCGAGGAAAUUGAAGUUGGUUCUUUGAACGCUUUUCUCACUGGCUUGUCGCGGAAUGGCUUGGUUGAGGAGGCGUUGGAGGUGUUUAGGAGGUUCAAGGAGAGUGGGAUGGAGAUGAAUGUUGUCACGUGGACGUCGGUGAUUGCUAGCUGUUCGCAGAACGGGAGGGAUUUGGAGGCGUUGGAGCUUUUUAGAGAUAUGCAGGCUGAUGGGGUGGAGCCUAAUGCUGUGACCAUCCCCAGCUUGAUUCCUGCUUGUGGGAAUGUUUCGGCGUUGACGCAGGGGAAGGAGAUUCAUUGCUUUUCUCUCAGAAAGGGUAUUUUUGAUGAUGUGUAUGUAGGUAGUGCUUUGAUUGAUAUGUAUGCGAAGUGUGGGAGGAUUCAAUUGUCACGGCAUUGUUUCGAUAGGAUGUCGGCCCCAAAUUUGGUUUCGUGGAAUGCUGUUAUGAGUGGGUAUGCGAUGCACGGGAAGGCUAAGGAGACAAUGGAGAUGUUUCAUUUGAUGCAGCAGAGUGGCCAGAAGCCUGACUCUAUUACAUUUACGUGUGUGUUGUCUGCGUGUGCGCAAAAUGGCCUGACUGAGGAAGGGUGGCGUUAUUAUAAUAGUAUGUCUGAAGAAUAUGGUGUUGAGCCUAGAAUGGAACAUUAUGCUUGCAUGGUGACACUUCUCAGCCGUGUUGGAAAACUUGAAGAAGCUUACUCUAUCAUUAAGGAAAUGCCGGUUGAGCCUGAUGCUUGUGUAUGGGGGGCCUUGCUGAGUUCUUGUAGAGUUCACAAUAAUUUGGGUUUAGGUGAGAUUGCUGCGGAGAAGCUUUUCCUUUUGGAACCAGCCAACCCUGGGAACUACAUUCUUCUGUCCAAUAUCUAUGCUUCAAAGGGCAUGUGGGGUGAAGAAAAUAGAAUGCGUGAAGUGAUGAAAAGUAAGGGAUUGAGGAAAAACCCUGGCUAUAGUUGGAUUGAAGUUGGACACAAAGUACACACGCUUCUUGCUGGUGACCAAUCACAUCCACAAAUGAAAGAGAUUUUGGAGAAGUUGGAUAAAUUGAAUAUGGAGAUGAAGAAGUCUGGUUACCUCCCUAAGACUAACUUUGUGCUGCAAGAUGUGGAGGAACAGGAUAAGGAGCAGAUAUUGUGUGGGCACAGUGAAAAAUUGGCAGUAGUAUUAGGACUACUCAACACAAGUCCAGGACAACCUCUUCAAGUGAUUAAGAAUCUGAGAAUCUGUGAUGACUGCCAUGCUGUGAUAAAAGUAAUAAGCAGAUUGGAAGGAAGAGAAAUUCAUGUAAGGGACACGAAUCGUUUUCACCAUUUCAAAGAUGGUGUUUGUUCUUGUGGAGAUUUUUGGUAAAUUGCUCACGGUUUUCUGGGGACUUAUCUUCAAGAGGAAUUCUCUGCCAUGGUCCUUCAAUAGAUCAGAAAACGGAUAAUAAUCAAGAUUAUUUGCUUUGACAAGAAUUUGGUGCCAUGGAGUUUAAAAUCUCGAGAAUGAAGAUAUGUGUGCUUCAUCUUUUGGUGACAGACAGCUUAAUAAUUCUUGGUGGCUCCAGUCGUUUUCAGUUUGGUAAACUUUUCUCUUCACUUCCAUUUGUUCUUGUAAUCAAGAUUUAUAGCUGCCUGCCUGAUGGAAGAAGGGAGACAACUUUCAGGUCUAUGCGACUAUGCGAGAAGAAAACUUUGCCUAAUUAUAUUAUUUUCUAUUAUCUGAAGCCUUUUAAUGGUUGAGACUUGAGAAUAAACUUGAGUAUCUGUGAAGCAGUUGACAUGUUAGAGUAGAUGGUUCUCUUCCUUUGACACUGUCCUUUUCAAGAUCUGAUAGGCUGUAAUCAGCAUGAUUGAGGAACCGGGUGACGACGAAGAAUUCCGAGAAAACUAUACAUUGAACUGCCAAACUACCUACUUUCUGGCUCUUUCCAUCAACCAUUUUGUGGCUAACAGAUCAUCUAUAAUGUUUCCUGAACACUCAUGGCCAGAUUAUGUAGAUUUUCCUUUACAAGGGUCACCAUGUCCAUGUUAGUGGUAGAUACCUGAUUUCACAUCAGUUAGUAGAUUCAAAGCCAAGUUCAUUUGUGAUACUUCUCAUCAGAGCCUCCAAACCUUCCAGAAGUUUUUUCUCUGGAGCAGAGCAUGUAUUUCUUCUGAUUACAUUUCAUUUAUCAUAUUGGACUAACUUUUUUUUAUCAUAAUAAAUGUUGCUUCUUUAACUGUGACGUUUAUGUGGGUAUGUAUGAAGGCACCGUUUAAGGAUGUCUCAUGAAUUUAAGAGACGUGAUUCUUUGGUUCUGCUGCGUGA